AAACUAAGGUAGAAAAAGCCUCGUUCUCUCCUCUCUCUCUCUCUCUCUCUCUAUCUCUCUCUCACACGCACGCAAACACAAACAUAAAACACAUACACAUUGUGGCGUCUCAGAACCUAAGACGUCUUCUGCCGCCAAAGCUUUCGACCGAUGCUCUUUACAAAUUACAGUCGACACUAAGGUAUAAAGUAUGAGUGCGGGUACGGAUACUGGUACAAAUACAUUACAGGUAUGCCGAUACGAAAAGACCUAAAACAAAUAGGACACGAGUACGGCUGGGUUUCAGUCAAUUUUCUGGUCAGCAGAUGGCAACAGCUGGUGAGGAGAUGGCGUCAAACGCUGGUAGUGGGAAGAGCUUUGCACGGAGAGACCGGCUUUUGGAAAUUGAGGCUCAGGUUCAGAAGUGGUGGGAAGAGAGAGAAGUUUUCAGGGCUGAUUCUCUAGAAAUGCCUCCCAAAUUAGGUGAGAAGUUCUUUGGGAACUUCCCUUUCCCUUACAUGAAUGGUUAUCUUCACUUGGGCCAUGCAUUCUCUUUCUCCAAGCUUGAGUUUGCUGCAGCCUAUCACCGUCUGAGGGGUGCCAACGUGCUCUUACCUUUUGCUUUUCACUGUACUGGGAUGCCCAUUAAGGCCUCGGCUGACAAACUUUGCCGUGAGAUUCAGAAAUUUGGUAACCCACCCGUGUUUCCUACUGUAGAAGAGGAGAAAAGCAUUGAUCCAGAACCACAACCAGAGGAAGCUAACCAGGUUGCACCGGAUAUAUUUAAGGGCAAGAAGUCCAAGGCAGCGGCAAAGUCAGGCGGCAACAUGUACCAGUGGGAGAUAAUGCAGAGUUAUGGUCUCUCUGAUGACGAGAUUACCAAGUUUCAAGACCCAUAUUUCUGGCUGACUUAUUUCCCCCCUCUAGCCGUAGAAGACCUGAAGGCUUUUGGCCUCGGUUGUGAUUGGAGACGCACUUUUAUCACGACUGAUAUAAACCCAUUUUUUGACUCGUUUGUUCGGUGGCAGAUGAGGAAAUUGAAAAAGUUGGGGAAAAUUGUCAAGGACGUGAGAUACACUAUCUAUUCCCCCUUAGAUGGUCAGCCAUGCGCUGAUCAUGAUCGGGCUUCAGGGGAAGGUGUUAUUCCCCAAGAAUACACUCUGAUAAAAAUGGAGGUUAUCCCACCUCUUCCUUCAAAGUUGAGAGCUCUGGAGGGCAGGAAAGUGUAUCUUGCAGCUGCAACAUUGAGACCUGAGACUAUGUAUGGGCAAACAAAUGCAUGGGUAUUACCAGAGGGGAAAUAUGGAGCCUUUGAGAUCAAUGAAACUGAUGUUUUUAUCUUGACAGAAAGGGCAGCUCUUAAUCUUGCAUAUCAGAAAGUGUCACGAGUUCCAGAAAGGCCUACUUGUUUGGUUGAGCUGAGUGGUAAAGAUUUAAUUGGUUUGCCUUUGAGAUCUCCUUUAGCAUUCAACGAGGCUAUUUAUUCUCUACCCAUGCUGUCAAUUCUCACUGACAAGGGUACUGGGAUUGUGACUAGCGUUCCCAGUGACUCACCUGAUGAUUUUAUGGCUCUUCAUGACUUGAAAUCAAAACCGGCUUUCAGGGCCAAGUUUGGUGUGAAGGACGAGUGGGUCGUACCAUUUGAUGUCAUUCCCAUCAUUAGCACGCCUGAAUUUGGAGAUAAAUCUGCUGAGAAAGUUUGCAUAGACAUGAAGAUCAAGAGCCAGAAUGAGAGGCAGAAGCUUGAAGAGGCCAAGAAAAAAAUCUACAAAGGAGGGUUCUAUGAGGGAACUAUGCUUGCUGGAGAAUAUGCAGGGAUGAGAGUCCAGGAUGCAAAGAAUUUGAUCAAGAACAGGCUUCUAGAGCUUGGAGAAGCUGUGAUGUACAGUGAACCUGAGAAGAAGGUCAUUUCAAGAUCAGGGGAUGAGUGCGUUGUGGCUCUGACUGAUCAGUGGUACAUCACUUAUGGGGAGUCAAAUUGGAAGGAGCAGGCAGAGAAGUGCUUGGCUAGUAUGAAUCUCUUUAGUGAAGAGACUCGGCAUGGUUUUGAGCAUACAUUGAGCUGGCUAAAUCAAUGGGCAUGUUCGCGCCAUUUUGGGCUUGGGACUCGUAUUCCUUGGGAUGAGGAGUUUCUUGUGGAGUCUUUGUCUGAUUCAACCAUUUACAUGGCAUAUUAUACUGUCUGUCAUAUGUUACAGAAAGGAGAUAUGUAUGGCUCUGAUACUUCAUCAGUGAAACCACAGCAGUUGACAGAUGAGGUCUGGGAUUUCUUGUUCUGCAGUGGCCCUUACCCUAAUUCAUCAGAUAUACCUUCUUCUCUCCUCAAUAAGAUGAAACAGGAGUUUGAAUAUUGGUAUCCGUUUGAUCUUCGGGUUUCAGCCAAACCCCCCCACAAAUACACACUCCAGCUCCAUGACCACCGCCUUCUGGGUAAAGACCUGAUUCAGAAUCAUCUCACUUUCAGCAUCUAUAACCACGCGGCAAUUUUUCCGAAGCAUCAUUGGCCUCAAGGGUUUAGAUGCAAUGGGCACAUUAUGCUAAAUUCAGAGAAAAUGUCCAAGUCCACGGGGAAUUUCAGGACUUUACGGCAAGCUAUUGAGGAGUUUUCAGCUGAUGCCACUAGAUUCUCUCUUGCUGAUGCAGGGGAUGGAAUGGAUGAUGCAAACUUUGUAUUUGAAACAGCUAAUGCUGCGAUCUUAAGGCUCACAAAAGAGAUAGCAUGGAUGCAAGAGGUUCUUGCGGCCGAGACAUCUUUACGAAGUGGGCCCCCUACUACUACUUAUGCUGAUCGUGUAUUUGCUAAUGAGAUAAAUAUUGCUGUGAAAAUCACGGAGAAGAACUACAGUGAGUACCUGUUCCGGGAAGCUCUUAAAACUGGGUUCUAUGAUCUGCAGGCUGCUCGGGAUGAGUACAGGUUUUCUUGUGGCACAGGGGGCAUGAACCGUGACCUACUGUGGCGGUUUAUGGAUGUUCAAACAAGGCUUAUAACUCCGAUUUGCCCACAUUAUGCCGAAUAUGUUUGGAAGGAGCUUUUGAAGAAGGAUGGCUUAGUCAUCAAAGCAGGGUGGCCUGAAGCUGAUUUACCUGAUCUUACCCUUAAAAAGGCCAAUAAAUAUUUGCAAGACUCAAUUGUCUCAAUGAGGAAGCUGCUUCAGAAACAAGUGUCUGGUUCGAAGAAAGCUAAGGUAGUCAAUGUACCGAGUCAUCAAAACAAACCAAUGGUUGGACUAAUAUUUGUGAAUGAGCAAUACGACGGAUGGAAAAAGGAAUGCUUAAACAUACUUGGAAGCAAAUUCAACAGUGCCACGUGCAGUUUUGCACCUGACCAAGAGAUUAUCGAGGCGUUGCAGAAGAGUGCAAUUGGGCAGGAAGCAAAUUUUAAGCAGAUCCAAAAGCUUUGUAUGCCAUUCUUGAGGUUCAAGAAAGACGAGGUCAUUGCUGUUGGUGUUCAGGCUUUGGAUUUGAAACUGCCCUUUGGUGAAAAAGAUGUCCUAGAGGAGAACUCGGAGUUGGUCAAGCUACAGCUAGGUCUCGAGCGGUUGGAGAUUUUGUCCGUUGCAGAUCCUGAUGCUGUUAAAAAAGCGGGCUCACAUGUCUCACUUUUAAGUCAGAACCCACCAUCUCCAGGAAAUCCGACUGCAAUAUUUUUGAGUGAGUAAGGCUUUGAAGUGAAUGUUGUGAACUACUACAUUUCUUGGUAGUAAAAUUAUCAUAGUUCUUUGUUUGUAUUACUAGAGACUCACGUGAGCUUUCUGAAUCCUUUUUAUUUGGAAACUUGAUUGUUUCCAUUAUUAUAUGGAAUUUUGAAUCCUCUCGACUGCCUGCAGUAAAUUGGUAAUGAAAGUAGUUUUUGGUGUA